CAGGAACUUGGCUCGGUGUUGGGAUGCGAAAUAGCCGAGGGAGUGCUUAAGAUCGUGGGAUGUUGACCAGGUAAUCACCUGUUUUGAGCUACUAUGCCAGUGUAACACUUUGGGGUCGAGCAUUUCGCCGCCAUGUGGUCCUCAAGCUUUUUCGCAGACGCCUUUCAUCUCGCCCUUCUAGGCCCACUGCUGCUGUCCGUCGAGGCGAAGCCGGUUAAGAAUGAUGGAAUACGCGAGAAAAUCAGCAUCAACGCCGGCUGGCGCUUCUCAAGGAGCGAGUUCAACACAGACAAGCUGGCCUACGAUCUCAGCCGCACCGACUACGCCAACCGCACCGACUUAACCGUGUUGAAACCGUGGGUUAUGCCGUCAGCAAAUGACUUCAUCGUCGACCCGGCUGCACGAUACCAGCCCCCCUCCACCGAACCGAACAUCAGCUGCCCCUUUGUGCAGUCGAGCUUCGACGACUCCUCGUGGGAGAGUGUCAACCUGCCGCACGACUGGGCCAUCAAAGGUCCGUUCUACGUCGGGGACAAUGUUCCCGUCAGCGGCGGUAUGGGGCGCCUGCCCGUCCAAGGCGUCGGUUGGUACCGCCGAAAGUUGCAAAUGACCGAGGCCGACGAGGGCAAGUCCGUCUACCUCGACAUCGACGGCGCCAUGUCGUACUCCAUCGUCUGGCUCAACGGCCACCUCGUGGGGGGCUGGCCCUACGGAUACUCGUCCUACCAGCUCGACCUCACGCCGCACCUCAAGCUAGGUGACGACAACCUGCUGGCCAUCCGCGUCGACAAUCCCGGAAACUCGUCACGCUGGUACCCCGGCGGAGGCAUCUACCGCAAUGUCUGGCUCACCAAGACGAGCCCGACGCACGUUGGCCAGUGGGGCACCUUCAUCACAUCGAAGAACGUGUCCAAGUCAUCCGCAGUCCUCGAUCUGACGGUCGAGGUCGAAAACUCGGGUAACGCCUCUCAGACGCUGAGUGUGGUGACCGACGUGUACGUCCUUGACACAGCGACGGGGGCGGCCGGCAGGCAGGUAGCCUCGUUCCCGCGCCAGACCGUCACCGUGGCAGGGGGCCAGAAGGCCUCGGUCAAUGCUUCGACGACUGUCAACAAGCCAGCGCUGUGGGGUCCGCCGCCCUCGCAGUCGCCGAAUAUGCAUGUCGCCGUAACACGUUUAUAUAACCGCCACAACGAUGUCGUCGACACUUACUCGACGAAUUUUGGCAUUCGCUCGGUUGUUUAUGACUCAAACCACGGCUUGCUGGUCAACGGCGAGCUGAUCAGAAUCAGGGGCGUGAACGGCCACCACGAUCUCGGCUCGCUGGGAGCUGCCUUCAACGAGCGUGCGGCCCAACGGCAGCUCGAGGUGCUCCAGGAGCUGGGUUGCAAUGCUCUCCGCACUUCGCACAACCCCCCGGCCCCCGAACUGCUGGACCUGGCCGAUAAGAUGGGCAUCCUGGUCUACGAGGAGGCUUUUGACUGCUGGCAGCUGGGCAAGAACCCGAACGACUUCCACCUCAUCUUCGACGAAUGGUCUGAGGCCGACGUGCGCACUAUGCUGCGCCGGGACCGUAACCACCCGUCCGUCAUCAUCUGGAGCAUCGGCAACGAGGUCGGGGAGCAGACCACCGGCGCUACCGGCGCUGCCGUCGCCAAGCGGCUACGCGAAAUCGUUCACUCCGAGGAUGUGACGCGCCCCGUGACGGCAUCCAUGAAUGCGGCGCGCCCGGACAUGCCAUUCCCAGGCGAGCUUGAUCUGGUCAGCCUCAACUACCAAGGCGAGGGCAUUCGCGACACCGGCCCGUACGCCGGCCUGCCUGGCAUCAGCACAUCGCCGCUCUACUACGCCUUCCACGACGCCUUCCCGGACAAGUUGGUCCUCAGCAGCGAGACGGCGGCGACCCUGAGCACCCGAGGCACCUACUUCUUCCCCGUCACCAACUGGACCAGCGCGCCCGAGAACUACACGCUCGGAAGCGGCGGCAACGACACGCUGCUCGAAGUGAGCGACUACGGCCUGUACACAGCCCCGUUCGGGUCGUCGCCCGACAAGGUCUUCGUCGCGCAGGACAACGCGUCCUUCGUGGGCGGGGAGUUCGUCUGGUCCGGGUGGGACUACAUCGGCGAGCCGACGCCGUACUACGAGGCGCGCAGCUCGUACUACGGCAUCAUCGACCUGGCCGGCUUCGGCAAGGACCGCUUCUUCGAGUACCAGUCGCGCUGGCGGCCCGACCUCCCCGUCGCGCACAUCCUGCCGCACUGGACCUGGCCGGACCGCGUCGGCCAGGUCACGCCCGUGCACGUCUUCUCCAACGGCGACGAGGCCGAGCUGUGGGUCAACGGCCGGUCGCAGGGCCGGCUGCGCCGCGCGUCCGCGUCCGUCUACCGCUUCCGCUGGGACAACGUCACCUACCACGCGGGCGAGGUGCGCGUGGUCGCGUACAAGAACGGCAAGCCGUGGGCCAGCGACCGGGUCGUGACGGCGGGCGCGCCCGCAGCGCUGCGCCUGAGCGCCGACCGGUCCGCCAUCAGCGGCGACGGGCUCGACCUGUCGUUCUUGACGGCCACGGUUGUGGACGGCAAGGGCAACGUCGUGCCGGCGGCGGAUAAUGAGAUCACGUUCUCCGUGUCUGGCGGCGGCGGCGAGCUCGUGGCCACGGACAACGGCGAUCCCCGGGACUUCACCUCGUUUGCGUCCGCGACGCGCAAGGCCUUUAGCGGGCGAGCGUUGGCGGUCGUGCGUGCUAAUGGCCAGGGGGCCAUCACGGUCACGGCCAGCUCGGCCGGCCUUGCUCGUGCGGUGGUCAGGUUAACGGCACAUUGAGGAGAGCGUCAGAGAGAGAGAGUUGAAAGAUGCGGCACUCGUAAUGGGGGCUUGGAACAGU